AUGCAGAUUAUCUGGAGGGACACGGCAGACGCCCGAGUGUACGAGGCUGCACGUCUGGACCAUGUCUUCAACCAGUACUGCCCAAAUCGAUUCCCAUUGGCGAUUGUCAAGGCGACUAGCGAAAGUGAUAUCAUUGCGGCCGUGCAGCUGGCCAUUCAGCGUGAAUGUCAUGUCUCGGUGCGGGCAGGGGGCCACUCAUUCCCAGUAUGGAGUGUCCAAGAUGACUCGAUCUUGAUCGAUAUGGGCGAUUGGAAGCACCUCAGGGUUGAUCCUGUAAAGAGAGUCGCGAUUGUAACGCCUAGCAUCACCAGCAAGGAGCUCAAUGAUCGCCUUGCUACCCAUGCCUUGAUGUUUCCCGGAGGUCACUGCGGUGAUGUUGGAUUGGGGGGCUUUUUGCUUCAAGGCGGAAUGGGGUGGAACUGUGGAAACUGGGGAUGGGGCUGUGAGUUUGUCGAGGCCGUAGAUGUUGUCACUGCGCAGGGCCAGCUGGUCCACUGCAAUGCACAGCAUAACCAAGACCUCUUCUGGGCUUCUCGCGGAGCCGGGCCAGCAUUCCCGGGCGUUAUUACGCGAUUCCAUGUGCGUUUGAUACCACUGCCGCGAGAGAUCCGUUCCUCAAUGUAUAUCUACCCUCAAAGACUAUACUACGAGGCAUUCGAAUGGGCUCUUUCCUUAGUACAGACGUUGGAUGGUGACACAGAAAUCACUGCGAAGGCUAAAUAUGACGAUGGGUCGCCGGUCUUCGCGUUUUAUUUCACUAGCAUGAAAAAUACCGAAGAGGACGCCAUACACGCGCUCCAGCCUGUUCAGGAUUCCAGGCCUGUAGGCACGCUACAUGAAUCGUUCUGUCUGAAGGAUAGUCUGGAUAAUCUUUAUGAGAUCAUGAGCCUGCUGCAUCCUAAGAACCACCGGUAUCGUUCCGACAAUGUGUACCUCCGAAAUGAUGCAGAUGUGCCCGGUCUUUUAGAAAAGGCGUGUUUUACGCUCCCGCACCAAGAUUCAUAUCUCUUUUGGACUUCGAUGCGUCCAUGGAGUAGAAAGGAACUACCCGAAAUGGCGCUCAGUAUGCGAUCAGAUCACUAUCUCGCGGUUUACCUUAUCUGGGAAAACAGGGAAGAUGACCAGCGGUGCGUGGAGUGGUUGCAACAAAUCAUGAGUCAGAUUGAAGGCGAAUCCAUUGGGUCAUAUAUUGGAGAUUCGGAUUUCGAUCUACGCUUCGCUGAAUACUGGACGGCGGAUAAUCACCAGCAGCUUGUGCGUAUUCGAGACAAACGGGAUCCCGAUGGCCGAAUAAAGGGGGGAUAUUUUGGAGAUGGCAAGAGAAGCAUUGCGAAGAAAUAG